AACCCACAAUCAAACAUCUCAAAACAAACUCUACUUACCCUAAACCAAACUCUCUUUCUCUCUCUCUCUCUCUCUCUCUCUGAAGAAUAGAAAGAGACUAGUAGUUAACCAAGGAAGAGAAAGAAAAUGAAGAUGAGCAGCAGCAGCAAGAGAAGAAUUUCGAGCAGAGGAAUUGCAGGAGUGUUGAGAGAGCAAAGGGCUCGCCUCUACAUCAUCCGACGAUGCGUCGUCAUGCUUCUUUGCUAUCAUGAUUAGCCAAAUACGACGACGUUCCCGCCUCUUCCCUCCCAUUUUCCUUUUUUUGUUAGAGUGUAAAUACAAGCUAGCUAGCGGCCAAAGAGGGAGAUCAUUAAUUAAACUAGACAGUUUUGUAGUAAUAUAUGCGAAUGCGAUGCGAUGCGCCUUGUUGUAUACAAUUAUCAUCAAAUAUAAGAUUGUUUUCAUUCAUCA